GAUAAUUUAUCGCACUAUUUACAAAAUAAAAUAAAAAGCUAGAAUAAUUUUCAUAAACAUAUAUUAUAAUUCAUCGUUUAGUCAUUUGAUAUUAAAAAAAGCAAAAAAAAAAUUAUUUGGGUAGCAAACUAUCUAACCAGUAAAUUAGUGGGUUUAAACGAAAAAUAGGUGAUUAUUUUUUAUAGUGAAAAAAGUUACACUAUUUUUCAAGAAAAUACAAUGGUUGAGUUAUUUUUAUUAAAAAAUAUGAUGAUUCGAUAUUUAAAUAUUUAAUAUAAAAAAAAUUGAAAAGUAAUUUGGGUAACCCACUACCCAACCCAAUUCAACCCGGAAAUUAGUGGAUUUACCCAACCCGACCCAAUGUUAUAACGGGUGGUUAUUUUCCUUGACCCAAUCCGGAGUAUCCUAUGUGGUUCGGGUUUUGGUUUUGGUCAAACCCAACCCAAUCCGGCCCACGUACACCCCUAGGUGUGGGGCUGGAUUUCUAUAUAGUAUAUAUACGCAGUCACACUUAUUCUGGACUGUGUUACGAUUUUUUAGAGACAGUUGAACCGUUAAUUUUACCAAACACUUCAAUUAACUUAUCAGCUAUUAGCCAUCAGCUAUCAAUUAUAAGCUACUAUAAGCUAUCAGCUAACUUAGUAGCCGUCCAAUAAUUUUGUCAAAUAGAACAUAUAAGUUCCUUAACUAGCUGGUUAGCGUUUUUCUUGAACUUACAAACAUUCUUACUUUACCGUAAGUCCAAUUACCAUAAAUAUAAAACUAGACCGUAAGUCCAAUUACAUUAAUUUAAAUACGCGUGAGUGUCAGGAAAAUAAUAUCCAUAACUAGGCAAGUAUAAUAUCCAUAACUAGGCCACCAGAUGUUAUAUACUUUCCUUAAAAAAAAAAUAAUGUCAUAUAGUACUUUUUUUUUUAGUGAUUUACUACUUACUGUAUUUUUUUUUAUAAUGGAGCUGGUGAUUGAACCUACGACCUCACAAUUAAAUUUGUGUUAUUAAAUUAUAUAAAAAAAAAUCAGUUCUAACUGAACAAUUUGUUCCCAUCAGGAAUCGAAUUCGGGUUCUUCCGAACAAUUCGUUCUAGAUGUAACUCAUUAACUGCUUGAACCUAAUGUCUUGGUUUGAUAUAUUAUUUUUGUGAGAACUUUUGUUGGGAGACUGCUGCAAAUACUCGAACAAGAAGAAGAUGAAGACGAACAUGAUGAUGGUGCACAUAAAUUCCAAAGCGUGUGUGAACACACUAAGCUUUAGGUUCGAUUCGCCCCCACCAGUUUAUGUAAACCGGAUGCAAAUGGGUUAUAACCGACGAAUCCCUUUCAGGAUACUUUGAAAUCCUUGACGUGACUUGCACAUUCACACCAAGCGUAUCGACAAUGGUAGUUUACAAAACAAAGUUCCUUCAAUGACUCUUGUGUACUAGAGAAAAGAAGAAAUGACUUAGAAUAUUUUAGACAGAAGUUAGACUAUGUAAACAUGAUUGGAUGUUCUGAUUGUGUGUCUUUUCUACCUCAUGGGUGUCUCUAUUUAUAGAGAAACUCAUAUCAUUUGAUGAAGGGAAGCAAUCCUUGAAAGAUAUAAUGCAAUGUUAUAUGAAACAAUGCUACGAUUCACUCUUGUCCUCAAAAGGUUCAAAGACUAAACCAAUAGACACUAUGUUUCAAACUAACCAUUGCAUCCUUUCAAGUAUAUUUUGGAAAUUCUCUCACAAUUUUUUGAUAAUAUAAGUUUGACUAAACUGCGCUUUUGGCCCGUAAUUUUUACAAUCUUGCGAUUUUGAUUCCAUAACUUUCAUUAUAGCAUUUUUAACUCUAACUUUAGCCCCUUUUGUAAAAGAUUGACUCUCAUUGAUUUUGACCAAAUCAAUACACACGUAGACAGUGACUCACAUGCCACGUUAGCAAGUCAACACACAUGGACAUACCAACGUGACAUGUGACUCACAGUCCCCAUGUGCACUUACUUGGUCAAAAUGACGGUCGGCCUUUUUCAAAAAGAUCAAAGUUAGGGUCCAAAGAUGCUAUUAUAAAAGUUAAAGCGACAAAAUCGCAAGUUUGUAAAAGUUAGAGGGUAAAAUUCACAUUAACCUAUAAAUUUCUCAUGUUUCUUAUUCAAUUAUUAUCAUGAUUUUUGUUGUAUUUAUUCAGAGUUAUGAAUCUUGUAUCCCUAUAAAUUUGACGUUACAAAUAUUUUAGUCUUGUACAUUAAUUCUCACUCACGUCAUAUUUCACUAGCUACAAUUAUUUUUUUUUUGGUACAUACACUAGCUAAAAUUAUAUUUCUCCCUUUAGUAAAAAAAAAUUAUAUUUCUCCCUAUUGCUUUUCUCCUUUUAAUAAACACUCCAUAGUCCAUAACUUUUCAGCAUCUUAUUAGGCAAAGAGAGAAAAGAAUCAAAUUUGUACAAAUCUAACAAGCAAAAUAAAGCGUCAAGACUAGAAUCAGAUACCAAUAUAGUAUAUAGUACAUAGCAAUUAACUAUUUUCCUUUAUUCUCUUAAUUUUUUUUACCACUUUUAUUUACAUGAUGAUGAUUUUCUAGGAACUACUCUUCCACCUUCCUCUGACUUUCGUUUAUACCCUUAAUUAUUUUUUUAUAUCUUUUUAAUGAUGAUCAUAAAAUUACGUUACAUAUAUAUACACACAUCUAAAUCUUUAUAUAAACACACACAUAUCUCAAUCUUUAAGCUUGUUAAAAACUAGUUAAGAGUUCUGUGAAGAAAAAAGAAAACCUAGUUGAAUUUGAUUUGAUGCUAUGGGGAAUCUAAUGGGUAAAAAUAAAAAGCGUGAGGCUCAAAAUACUAGGAAUGAUGAUGAUAAAGGAAGAGGUGGAAGAAUCACUUCAUCCAAUUUACCAACUCAAAAACCUCUCCCAUUACCAUUACCACAAGUUACUUCUUCAAUGUCUAAGAAACCAACUCAUAAUUCUGGACAAAGUUCAAAUACCAAGAAAUCUACCAACAAGUAUGGUUUGAUUCCAGAUAACUUCACCUCCCUUGAACAGGUUAUUGCAGCCCUGAGGAAAGAAGGUUUAGAAUCAUCAAAUCUCAUCCUUGGGAUUGAUUUUACUAAGAGUAAUGAGUGGACCGGAAAAAACUCAUUCAAUAAGAGAAGCCUUCAUGCAAUUGGAGAUACACCUAACCCCUAUGAGAAAGCCAUCUCAAUUGUUGGCAAGACUUUGGCUCCUUUUGAUGAUGACAACUUGAUUCCAUGCUUUGGCUUUGGUGAUUCUACCACACAUGAUCAAGAAGUAUUCAGCUUUCAUAGUGAUCAUUCACCUUGCCAUGGCUUUGAGGAAGUUUUGGCUUGCUACAAAAAAAUAGUUCCAAACUUGAAACUCUCAGGACCAACUUCUUAUGCUCCUGUGAUUGAAGCUGCCAUAGACAUAGUUGAGAAAAGUCAUGGCCAAUUCCACGUGUUGGUUAUCAUUGCAGAUGGUCAGGUUACAAGAAGUGUAGAUUAUGAUGAUAAGGAACUCAGUCCCCAAGAAGAGAAAACAAUCAAAGCAAUUGCUGAUGCAAGUAAAUAUCCACUUGCUAUAGUCCUGGUUGGAGUUGGCGAUGGACCAUGGGAAGACAUGGAAAAGUUUGAUGACAAAAUUCCAGCACGCGAUUUUGAUAAUUUUCAGUUUGUUAAUUUCACGAGGAUCAUGUCUAAAACCACAAGCCCCGACGAGAAAGAAGCAGCUUUUGCUCUGGCUGCUCUCAUGGAGAUUCCCUUCCAAUACAAAGCAUGUGUCGAAUUUCGUAAACUUGGACGUGUGACAGGAACAGCAAAGAGAAUAAUUCCGAAACCUUCACCUGUUCCUUAUUCUCGGCCUGCACCAAGCAAUUCGCCAGCAGCAACCACAGACGAGCAAAAUCAAUCUGCCUGUCCUAUUUGUCUGACCAAUGCAAGGGAUUUGGCGUUUGGAUGUGGGCACAUGACUUGCAGAGAUUGUGGAUCAAGGUUAAGUAAUUGUCCUAUAUGUAGAGUGAGGAUUACUAGUCGUCUUAGAGUAUAUAAUGGAUGAUUUUACAAUGCAUAUGAUGUACAAAAAAUAGUUUGCAUAACAUAUACAGUAUAUACUUUUUUCUACGGUAAGAUAUAUAUACUUAAAUGUAGGGUUGAUGGUAUUGUUUCAUGAGUGUGUUGAAAAGUUUAGAUGUGUUUAUGUAAGUUUGAACUCUCUCCCUUUCUAGUUGAUCGUCUCUUUAAAAGUAACGAAAAAUUCAAUUUCAUUUGCA